GGGUGACCCCCAGCGACUGUCCGCACGCGGCGGCGACCCGGCUGGGACGGCAAGGGGGCCCGGCUGGCGCUCAUCGCUGCGGACACUUGCAGGGAGUGAGUUCCCUUCUGUUCAACCUUCCUUCCCCGGAGUCGUCUCGGAACCCCCAAGUCGGGACUGGAGGUGGAGGUGGAGGUGAGGGGGUCAUCAGAAGAGGGAGCUCAGGCCUAUGUAGAGAGGUCAGGGCUCCAGGGGUUAGGAAAGGCAGAGAUGGACCUCAUGAGGUUUGCCCGGCUCUUUUCUGGCACCCACCGUACAGGACUGUCCAUCCUUCAACACCUGGACCUUCUUGGAUCUAGCCAACGGGCAGGAGGCAGGGAGGGACUCGCGUGGGUAAGGGCUGCCUGUCAGCUGCCUUGGGGCCGAGGGAGCCAGAAGAACAUGAGCAGCCUCGGCUCUGACCCCGGGAAGCCCGACCCCACCGCUCUUCAGGAGGAGAGCUUCGGGACCCUCUCGGACAAAUACUCUUCCCGGAGAAUAUUCCACAAGUCAACAGCCCAGCUGUAUAAUCUUCGGCUCAGGGAACAGGGUGCUGAAGGCGAGGAAUUGGAAAUGCAGCCCAGAUGGUGGCCGGGCCGGAGGAACACCCCUUAUUGGUACUUCCUUCAGUGCAAGCGCCUCAUCAGAGAAGGAAAGCUGGCAGAGGCCCUGGACCUAUUUGAGAGGCAGAUGCUGCAGGAGGAGCGCCUGCAGCCAGUGGAGUACAACUACACAGUGCUGAUUGGGGGCUGUGGGCGGGUCGGCUACCUGAGGAAGGCCUUCAGGCUCUACAAUGACAUGAAGAAGAGAGCCCUGGAGCCCUCAGAUGCCACCUACACGGCCCUCUUCAAUGUCUGUGCUGAGUCUCCCUGGAAGGACUCAGCCCUGCAAAGCGCCCUGAAGCUCCGACAGCAGCUCCAGGUCAAAAACUUCCAGCUCAACCUGAAAACGUACCAUGCCCUGCUGAAGGUGGCUGCUAGGUGUGCAGACCUCAGGAUGUGCCUUGAUGUGUUCAAGGAAAUCGUCCACAAGGGGCAUGCAGUCACAGAGGAGACUUUCAGUUUUCUGCUUAUGGGCUGCAUACAGGACAAGAAGAUGGGCUUCCGCCAUGCCCUACAGGUGUGGAGGCAGAUGCUGAGGCUGGGGCUCAAACCAGACCAACAUAGCUACAACCUGCUGUUGGGGGCGGCUCGGGACUGUGGUCUAGGGGACCCAGAAGUGGCUGCCAGACUGCUUCUGAAGCCCCAGGAAGAGGCUAUCUUGCUCCAGUCCCCAGCAGGCAAGCAGAGGACAGGGGGAAAAGGCCAGGCCAGGGCAGACCAUGGUGUGCCAGCCAGACUGCAUGUGGAGGCUAUGGAGAGGCAGCUGUUUCUGGAUCCCUCUCAGGAACUUGAGAAUCCUCCAGAGCCUUUGCAGGCCAGAGUACCCAGCAGGACCCAGCCUGAGGUGGAAAUCAAGACAAAUAGUAAUCAUGUAGCAACCCUCCCCCCACUAGCCCUGAAGCCACCUCCUUUGGAGCAGCAGGUCAACCUCCUGGCCUUUGAUGUACUCUCCCCCGCUGUGGUCUCCUUUGGGACAGUGGCCACCCCUGCGGAUAGGCUGGCCUUGAUAGGGGGCCUGGAGGGCUUCCUGGGCAACAUGUCAGAGCAUGGGGUCCAGCCGGACAUCAAAACCCUCACUCUGCUGGCUGAGGUGGUGGAGCCCAGGAGCCCUGCCGAGUCCUCCCUGCUGACUGUGCUCGACAGACUUCGGCUGAAGGCUGACGUGACGUUCUUCAACACGCUGGUCAGGAAGAAGAGCAAGCUGGGAGACCUACAGGGGGCCAAGGCACUGUUGCCAGUCCUGGCAAAGAAGGGAAUUGUCCCCAACCUGCAGACAUUCUGCAACCUGGCUAUUGGGUGCCACAGGCCCAAGGAUGGUCUGCAGCUGCUUGAAGACAUGAAGAAAUCCCAGAUGACUCCGAACACCCACAUCUACAGCACCCUUAUCAAUGCAGCCCUCAAGAAGCUGGACUACACUUACCUUAUUGAGAUCCUGAAAGACAUGAGGCAGAACAGGGUCCCGGUGAAUGAAGUGGUCAUCCGCCAGCUGGAAUUUGCCGCCGAGUACCCUCCCACCUUUGACCGGUACAAGGGGAAGAACACCUACUUGGAGAAGAUUGAUGGCUUCCGAGCUUAUUACAAGCAGUGGCUGAAAGGGAUGCCAGCAGAGGAAACCCCCCAUCCCUGGCAGGAGUUCCAGCCCAAACCUAAGGGGGACCAGGACACCACAGGGGACUCUGGUGUAGAUAAAGGCUUUGGGGGUAGGUGAUGGGGGGUACACAGCUCAAACAAUCAAUGUUUGGAGCUCCUUCCACAUUAAAGAUGAGUGAAUAUGCUGGGGUCACCAGUCCAGAGUAAGAGCUGCAGUGUUCUACAGGCUUUGGCAUGAGGACAAAUGCUGAGCUCAGGGUGUCCAAGUUCACAUCGUAUCAAACCACCUUUACUUUAACACACUAUCUCUGCUCACCCUUGCCCAGGCUGUCAGCCCUGUUGCUGAUAAGGAAAGUAUACUUGUUAAUGGCCACACAACACCUAUGAGGUGGAGUCAGGACUGAGCCCUAGGCUGACACUUUACUCUUAAAGAACGAAUAAGUGGGCUGGGGAGAUGGCUCAGCUUUAGGCACUUGCAUAGCCUGCUGGCCCAGGUUUGAUUCCCUAGUAUUCACAUAAAUCCAGACACACAAAAUUGUGCAGGUAUCUGGAGUUUUUGGCA